UUUCUUGGCAGUGCCCACCUAAGACCAGGUGGGUCCUUAAAUACAGAGUCACUUCCUGGACAUUCUUCUUAAGCACUUAGUUUGUGAAGGAAGGAGGCAAGACUGGACGUGGGAAGGACUCAGGAGGGGCAAGAAAGUCUGAGAAUCAUCCAAGAAUCCAAGAUGUCCAAAAGAGCCAGUAUCACAGAUGGGACAGGCAAUGGCCAAGGCCCCGCUGCAGAAAACGAAGUGGGUAUCCGGAAAAAGUCUCGUGUUCCCGGAGUGAUGAUUACCCAGUUCAUAGAGACGCUGCCAGAGGGGAGGAGUCAUCCAGACUUUACCCGCAAGCCAAUUGCUUUGACUAUUCAAGAAGGGAAAUUUGCUUUCUUUAAAGCCAUUGUCACCGGAGAUCCUAAACCCACUGUGUCAUGGAGCAGAAAUAACGGAGAUGUGUCUGACACUUCCAAAUAUCAGAGCAAAUAUGACGCUAACGCCAAUGAGCAUACAUUUGAGAUGCCAAAUGUCACAGCGGCUCAAGCAGACACAUACAAAUGUUUUGCCAUUAAUGAAUUCGGACAAGCCAUGGUGACAGUUGUUUUGAAUGUUAUUGAAGUUGGCUACAAAAAGAACAAAGCCCAGCAAAAUGCAACAGAACCCAUCAACGGUGGUGGUUUUAAGAAAUUCCUACGGAAAAGUAAAGUACGUCCAAAAUCGGAGCAAGCAGAGAAGAAGGAUGGAGAGUUGGAUCCUAAAUUUUGGGAGCUGCUACUUAGCGCUGAUAAGAAAGACUACGAGGGAAUCUGUGCAGAGUAUGGAGUGACGGAUUUUCGCUGGAUGCUGAAGAAACUCAAUGAAAUGAAGAAGGAACGAGAAGAGGAACAAGCUCAGUUUGUCAAGCACAUAUCCAACCUGAGACCUAUCCGGGUGAAUGCAGACGGUACUGCAUCCUUUGAGAUUGACAUGGAACUUAUCGAGCAGAGCACCUCAAUAUACCUGUAUAAGGAUGGUGAAAUGGUUCCCUACACAAAAGAACUAGGAGACAUGAUGAAGCACAGUCUGAGGAGAGUAGGGAAGAAGUAUAUUUUCAGCAUAAGGGAUCUCAUGCAAGAAGAUGGCGGAUUCUACCAGUUGGAUGUAGCUAAUGUGAACGUAUUUUCCACAGAUUUUAAAAUUCCCAUGGUUGAAUUCUUGGUGAAAAUUCAGGAAGUCAAGGCGAUGGAGAGAGAAGACGCCAUAUUUGAGUGUGUCCUUUCCACGCCCCUUGCCAAGAUUUUAUGGUUUGGAAAGAAUCUGCCCUUGGAACAAGGAGAUAAAUAUGAUAUUGAGGUUUCUGAGGACAAGCUCAUUCAUAGACUAGUGGUCAAAGACUGCAUGGUAGUAGACAAAGGCAUUUAUUCUGCCACUGCAGGAAUAAAAUCAUGUAACGCCUGGCUUAUUGUUGAAGCUGAUAAAGAUGCUGGUAAGGGCAAGAAGUCCAUGAGGAAGACAACAAGGGCCGGGGGGUCCGGUAUCGACCUGGAGAAGGUGGCUCAAGAGCAACAUGAAAAGUUGGAGAAGCAGAAAGAGGAACUGAAAGAACAAAUCAAAGCUGCAGAAGAAGCCCCACUCCCAUCUGAAACUCCCAAACCAGAUAACGAGUGUCCGCGUGUAAACGUUGAGCCAGCACCUGUAGCUGCAACAGAGGAACCUGUGAUCACAUGUGGACUCUCUAAUAUCUACUGUCGACGUGGGAAGUCAGCUGAAUUAAAAGUCACGAUGAACAUGGACUGCGACGGCACCUGGUUUAAAGAUGGAGAACCAAUAGGUGCUGGUGCUGGAAUCAGCAUGAGCAAAAGGUCCACCUCUCACAUACUGACUUUUGAAAACUGCCGAGAUGAGGAUUCUGGCCUGUACCGCUUUGUAUCAGGGGAUCAGAGUACACAAGGAAAGGUCACCGUUGGAGACGUCCCGGAAUUUGACCCUGACGACCUUCACAAGUUCUGCAAGCCAUUGACAGUGAGAGUGGGCCACAAUGCAACUUUCAAAAUACCCUUUGCACCUCAGGAGUCUUUGACUGUUAAUUGGUCUAAGAAUGGCUCAGAGGUCAAAGAUGGAGGAGGAGUAAAGAUUGUGAAGGAGCCCAAUCACAGCCGGCUGCUCUUCAAAGACUGCCUGCGGGCAGACAUGGGGGAGAUUAAAAUUCAUCUUAAAAAUCCAUUUGGGACCGCAGAAGCUACCUCUCAGCUUUUUGUGCUCGACCGUCCAGGUCCACCGGAGGGUCCGGUGGAGACGCUUGAUACAACCUCGUCUCUCAUUGAGAUCAAAUGGAAACCUCCCAAAGAUGACGGCGGAUGCCCAAUCACAAACUACAACAUUGAGCGCCAGCAGGCAGGCCACAAUCUGUGGACCAAACUCGGACACGUCUCCGGCGACAAGACUACCUUUAGGGACAGGAACGUGACCCACGGAAAGAAAUACAGCUAUCGAAUUUAUGCCGAGAACUCUGAAGGCCUUGGCGACUUCCUGGAGACAGCUGAUAGCAUUAUGGCUGGCAUCAUGAUACUUUCUGGGCCGCCCAGUGCCCCCAAAGUGGUGAGUGCAUCAAAGACCUGCAUCACACUGACGUGGACCCCUCCCGAAGAUGACAGGGGAGUACCCAUCAUCGGUUACCAAGUGGAGAAACGGAAGAAGGACACAAAUGAGUGGGUUUCCUUGAACGCCGUGAAUGAACCCAUUGAAGAUGUCCACUAUGCAGUUAAAGACAUCACUGAAGGAGCAGAGUACGAGUUCAGGGUUCUUGCAAUUAAUGAGUCUGGAGCGGGGGAUGCGAGCUCCCCGUCUGUAAUGGUGUGUGCAAAGAAUCCCAACAUGAGGCCUUACUUCAAAGACCCAGAAGACUUUGUUGUUAUCAGAGCAGGAAAUUCAGCACGUGUCAAAAUUCUCUAUGAGGCUGAACCCCCACCGGAGAUCACAUGGCUCAAGGACGAUGAAGCGCUACCCCCUUGGGUGAAAGUCAUCAAUUCUGAAGGAAUGUCCCAGCUUGUUAUUCAUUCAUCGAAGCGCUCAGACUCCGCCAGCUACACCAUCGUAGCCAAAAACUCAGUCGGACAGGCUUCUUUUGAUGUUGAGGUUAGAGUUACAGACGAACCAAAGAGCCCAGGCCCAGUGGAAUUGGAACAAACAGUCCACGGCAAAGUGGUGAUAACAUGGGCUCCAUCGCCGGACGAGGAGCUUGAUGACAGACUUUACUACAGGGUGGCUCAACGCGACUCCAACACCAGGGUGUGGAAAAUUGUCGCAGAUCGCCUAUUCACCCACACACACACAGUUACCAACAUCCUUCCGGGGCUUGAAUAUCAUUUCCGGAUCUUCGCCAAGAACGACGUGGGGGUGUCGGAGCCGUCGCAGUCACCGACAUGGGGAAUUAAUGGCAACAGAGUUCCAAUCCCGCACAAAGGAAUCAACUCAACCAAUAUCAGCUUUGAGAGACCCCCAUCCAUCUUGGUCCCUCUGAAGCUCCACGCACCGCCAAAAGGUUACCAGGUCUACAUGACGUGUGCCGUGCGAGGGUUCCCAACGCCCAGCGUGUCCUGGUUCCUCAAUGACCAAUGUAUCAACUCGGACAAAAACUACUAUAUCACCAACUCUUUCGGCGUAUGCUGCAUGUAUAUUCUCAGAGUGCGGCCAAAGGACAGCGGGGAAUAUAAAGUUGUUGCCAUUAACUCAUUUGGCAAGGCAGAAUGCUCCACUAAACUCAUUGUUAGAGAUUGAAUCAGCAGGAGGGCCUUAUCGGAUGUUGUUUUAUUUGAGAGAACAAAGAAAAAAGAUGUAAGGAAGACUGGAUAGUCAUUUUUAAUAGUGGUAACUUGUUUAUUUGAAAUGCUAUAAAUGAACUACAAAUGCUUUCGGGAUCGUGACUGAAAUAAAUCAUCAAGUUGCAACCUA